GUGCGCGUAGUGAGGGCAACUCCCCUCUUUCAGGAGCCCUUUUCGUGCUUGAGCGGCCGGCCGGUGGCGGCCGGGGAGAAGCGAGAGGUAGAGCGGGGCUAAAGCUCUCCGGACCUCGUUUUUCUACCCCUACGUCGGCCAGGGGGACUCUCCCACCGCUUUUAAAGCCCUUGCAGCCAUCCCGCCUAGAAUCUUAUUGAUCGUUGUUAUUUUGUUUUAAUCCCCUUUCAAAAGUUUUCUCGACUUCGGAGGUGCGCUUAAGAGACUUAGAGGCGAAAGGGAGAAAAGCGGCUGCUUUGCUGGCUGGAAAAGGGGACUGUGGACCAGAAGACCCUCCAUUGGCAAGAAGAUUACUUCUUUUUUUCUUUUCUUUUCUUUUUUAAAGACUUUUCAUCUCCCCGCCAAGAAUCCCCGAUGCAAAUGCUGGCGCCGUCCUUCCUCCUUUACGUGGUAGCCUGGGCCACUUUUUGGCCCCAGCAGCAGGGAUUCUCCGCCGCCGCCGGCAGCCAGAGCGGGUCGAUCAGAGCCUUGCGCGCCUCGAACCGGCGGCGAGAUGAAAGUAAUCAUCUCACAGCCUUAUAUAAGAAAGAAGAGACCAUCAAUGUUUGGGAAAAUGGUUACAUCCAGAGCCCUCGUUUCCCACACAAUUAUCCUAGGAAUCUGUUGCUGACUUGGAAGCUACGUUCACCAGGAAAUGCUAGAAUACAGCUGGUGUUCGAUCAUCAGUUUGGCCUGGAGGAACCAGAGAACGAUAUCUGCAGAUACGAUUUUGUGGAAGUGGAGGAUAUUUCUGAAAUUAGCACUCUCAUCCGAGGACGGUGGUGUGGAUAUAAAGACUUCCCUCCCAAAAUAACAUCAAAGACAAACCAGCUGAAGAUCACCUUCAAAUCAGAUGACUUCUUUGUGGCUAAACCAGGAUUCAAGAUUUACUAUUCCCUGGUGGAUGAUCUUCAGCCUGUUGCAUCUGAAACCAACUGGGAAUCAGUCACAAGCCCGGUCUUGGGCAUUUCCUAUCACUCUCCAUCAGUGACUGACCCCACUCUUACUGUGGAAGCCCUAGAUGAAACCGUUGCUGGGUUUGAUACUGUGGAGGAAUUGCUCAAGCACUUUAACCCAGAUACAUGGCAAGAAGACCUGGAUCACCUGUACACAGAGAGCGCCCCCCCUCGAGGCAGAAGUUUCUAUGAGAGGAAGUCGAAAGUUGAUUUAGACAGGCUGAACGAUGAGGCAAAGCGUUACAGCUGCACUCCGAGGAAUUACUCUGUCAACGUUAGGGAGGAGCUGAAGCAAAGCAAUGCCGUCUUUUUCCCUCGCUGCCUCCUUGUCCAGCGCUGUGGAGGAAACUGUGGUUGUGGAACAACAAAUGGGAAAUGCGCUUGUACGGCAGGAAAACUGGUGAAGAAGUAUCAUGAGGUGCUGAGAUUUAUCCCUGAAGCAGGUCAUCUCAGAAGGAGGGGCAAAACCAAGCACAACAUGUCACUGAUCGAUAUUCAACUGGAGCACCAUGAACGUUGCGACUGUGUCUGCAGUGCAAGGCCACCGCGAUAAAAAAAAAACCCAGAGCGUCUGGUUUUAUGCGCAACUUAAAAAGGACCUCUUUCUCUUGGGAGAAGGAGCUGUCCGUACUGAUUUGCCCAGCGAACUAUGCUAAAAGCCUGCCUCCAUAGCCUUUUGAUUUGAAGUGCUAGAUGCCAUGACAGCUUCCCCUUAAUAAAGCAGAUUGACAACUCUGAAAUGCAAAUCUGGGAUUGAGUUUAGAAAACAAAUGAACUCGAGGGCUGAAUGUUUUCAGGCUUACGAUGAAAAUCGGGCUGCAUGAUGGCAGCACUCUUUUGGUUGAAUUCUUAGCUGGCUUUUACAAUUCUUCAUGCAUGCAUGUACUCACAAUACUUUUGCACAAAAUCCUUUGCACAAACACACUUAAGCACACUUACAGUCCAACUUAAGGAAAAAGGAACUCCUGUAUGGGCAAAAUAGCUAAUUUAUAGACAGCCACCAACAAAUACAGGUAUAUUAGGUUUACAGAACCCUGGUGCUGCAGUAGAAGUAUAAGAGUAGCAAUAGUAUCUAGCAUCUAGCCAUGCAGACAUCACAUCUAGAUAUAUGCAUUACAAUAGUCUGAUCACAGCAAGCAAGUUUGAGCAUUAAGCAAGCUGGAUCCAUGGUUGCUAAAGUCCAUAUUGGUAGUCCUUGAUUUAUGAGCACAGUUGGGACCAGAACUUCCAUUACUAAGCAAUAGAAUCAUUAAAUGAAUCAUCACAUUAUUGCAACUCAUUUCAUGAUCUUUUUGUGCUGUGGUCAUUCAAAGCAAAUCACACGGUCUUUAAGUGAAUUUGGCUUUACUCCUUGGCUUUGCUCAUCAGAAGCCAGCUGGGGAGAUUGCAAAUGGGGAUCAUAUGACUCACAAUGGAUGCUGCAACCAUUGUAAAUAUGUGCCGGUUGCAAAUCUCCUGAAUCAUUAUCGCGUGUCCGCAAGGACACUGCAGCAAUCGUAAGUGUAUUCAUAACUUUGAAUGGUCACUAAAUGAAUGGUUGUAAAUCAAGGACUACCUGUAUAUAAUCCGGUUAUUUACAUAGAUUUAUGAAUCAUUCUUCCCUGAACUGGCCUAGUUCCCUCAAAGUACAGGUUUCAAAAUACCAUGCUGAUAUUCAUUCAAAUUAUCAUCUUUUAUGGGUGGCAAAGUUAUCACCAUUCAGAAAAACUUUGUAGAAUUGUUGCUAUCCAGAUCAGAAAGAUUCUUCCUCGGCCUUGUAAAUAAAUACAUCUUUUGAGUUUUGGCAACUUUUCCCAAACCGGUUCCUUCCAGAUGUAUUAGAAUCAAAUUAAGAAUCCUGGAACUAGUCCGACACAUAUGGGGAACCUCAAGUUGGAGGAGAAAAGCUACAGUGAACUCUUCAACACACGAUUGGGCUGAAAGGAAGUGAUAUACUCUAUCGCCCAAUUCAGUGAUUAUAACUUUGACAAACUCUUCACUUCUGAAUUUCAUGCCGAUCUGAUUUAGACAAAUCAAGCAAUAGUUUGAGUUAAAAAUGGUUGUUCCAUCCUAUGAGGGCUGUUUCAAACUGAGAAUAUUUGUGGAAUAAUUGGAAUAGCUUGCUGGGAGUCUAAAAUAACCUCUUUCAAUUUCAAAACAUAUUUCAAAUCAACACUUUGCCCAUUCCUAACAAGGACACAGAACUCUAGACAUAAAGAAGCAAGGCAUCUAACUAAAAAUCCAAGUUUAGUGAGGCCACCAGCAGAUCCAAAAGUUGGAGCUGGGAUUUCUUACUUCUCUCUCCUUCUCUCCCAUUUUAUAUAAUAUUUUAUCUGCUAGCAUGUUCAAACUGGAUCUAAUUCUAAUAAACUUGCUAUUCAUACAACAUAACCUUUCCCAAACUGGAUUCCUCUAGCUAUCCUGAACUAUACUAUCUAGACAGCUUUUAGCUCAUAAACUGUAGACCAAACUGUCAAAACUAGCUAGAACAGGAAAUGUACUGAAGAUAUGUGAAAGACGGAAGAUUGGUAUACAGAUAAUCUUCAACUUUACAUCACAAUUGAGCCCAAAACUUCCAUUGCUAAGCGAGACAGUUGCUUAGUGAGUUUUGCCCCCAUUUUUACAAUCUUUCUUGUGUUAGCGUUUCAGAGCAACCCAACACUUGUUAAGUGAAUCAGUGCAGUUGUUAAGUUAGUAACUCAGUUGUUAAACGAAUCUGGUUUCCUUGUUGACUAUGCUAGUCAGAACAUCACAAACGGUGACCCGGGGACACUGCAACCAUCAUAAAUAUGAGUUGGUUGCCAAGCGUCUCAAUUUCAAUCACGUGAAAUGAUCCUAAGUGUGAAAGGUCCUUUUUUUUCCAGUGUCGCCAUAACUUUGAACGGUCACUAAAUGAACUGUUGUAAGUCAAGGUUUAGCUAUAUAGCUCUGGAGAAUUCAAAAGGGCCUCAUAUGCUUUUGUGUGUGUGAAAAGCCAUGGAGGGUUUCAAGUCUGAAGUCCAUAAAAUGCUUCAAAGCACACAAGAAUGAAAACAUGUCCCUGGCAUCUUUUUGACUUUGAAAAGGAAGUGCUGCAUAAUAUUAUUUAGCUGCAAUCUUCACAAUAAUUGGCAAAUCAAUAUUUGUACGCUUCAAAGGCCGCCCCAUAGCUGAUACAGCAUUUCCACAACAAAGAUGAGAUCUGUACCGUUGACUUCUAGUUAUGGCUUCGGAAGGACAGAUUUAAAAAUCAGUAUAAUUUUAAGUACAUGCAGAAUGCAAUAUUCCUCACAUUACACAAAACAGUAUUAGUUAACUGCCAUCCCUAGUAGUUCCCAUGGCUGGCUGUAAUUUCCUGGGACUUAAAAAAAAAAAAAGAAUAAUUGGAAUUGUAUUUUGAAUAAGUAAUUUAUUGCCUUGAGCCUUACUUAGUUUUGCAAACUAAAUGUUUAUUGGGUUCAUACAAUAUUAAUAGCAUUCAUUUAGUUCCUGGCUGUUCAUAAAGGAUUUGAAAAGCUACAGGAUGGUUUCCUGGGGUUUUGAACCUCUAAUAGGAAAUUUCCUUGAUUGACUAUAUUUUCCAAUUAUUUUGUAUGCAUAUGUGUUCUGUACUUGUUAAAUGCACACAUAUACUAACUCAUUUCUUGUCUGAGAUAUCUAAAUAAAAGUGUAAGGCAAUUCAUGGUUAAGAGAACUGAAUGUUUGAUUUUAAAUGUAAAGGAGAAAAUAGGUAGAAGGCUUCCACUGAUAAAAUUACACUUUAUUUUUCUAUAUUGUUUUCUGAUUCUGUGCUUAAAGGAAGAAAAAAAUGGUUUUACAAUAGCAUUUCAUGUAUUAAACUAAAUUUGGCUUCUUAUCAGAUAAUAUUGUGAAUUUUUAAACCACUAUUGUUCUGUUAUUCUCUAAAUUGUUUCCUUUUAUUAAGCUGAAUGAUUUAUCUGCUUUCUUGUUAACUUCAUCAAAUUCUUCCUGAAAUACCGUUCAAAUUUUGAAGAAGUUACCACUUCCUAUUGUAAUGAAACACUGGAGAACAUAAAUAUUUCUUCUGUGUUUCUUUGUUUUUCCUUUCUUUUUAUGAAAUUUGCUUGUCUCUUUACUCAGUUACCUUUUGAGGUGCUUAAUUCAGUACACAAAUUUUAUUUUAAAGGAGUAGUUAUUAAGUCAAAGAUAUAUUAAGCCUUAUAUUUUAAAAAGAUUAUUCCCUAAAUACCUUGGUCAACAUUUCCAACAUUUCCAUAUGAAAACUGAGAAAAUGGCAUAUUGAACCAGUUCCUUUAUCAUCUGUAAUGGAAAUUAUUAACUAAACCACAGUUAAUAGUUUACUUGAAAGCAAUUGUUUAGUUAACUAAACUAUUGAUGGUACUGUUUAACUGGAUUAUGAUUUUGAUGUAGCUUGACUUAGAGCUUUGAAUCUUGACACUCUGCUUCAGAGAAAGAUAAUUACCCAUUUUAAAAUAUAAGCAUUCAGUAAAUAAAAGCAGGCCAAAUAUUAUAAACUAGUCCUUAAUUAAUUACUGUCUUUCAGCAUCAUUUCUGGCAACUUCAGCAUGGUAACACUGGUCUAGUAAACCUGUCAUGUGGUGGAAUGCACUGAAUCUACUACAUUUUGACAUUAUGAAAAUAACUGUUAAUAUUACAACUAUUUAGCGGUGGGUUCAGUCAUUUCUUUCUUAACUAAGGCAUGUUUUGGGCAAAAGAGAGAAAGGGGGAGAAUUCAAUCCAUUGACUGUUUGAUUCGGUUCAUAACAGAUAGAAAAACCCAUUUACUCCCAAGUAUUAAACAUAAUUGGAGAAACAUAAUGGUCAAAUGCAUGUGUCCAAGGGGAGGGCAAAUGGAAAAAUACAUAUUGCAAUUUCACAACACAAGCCUUUUUAUAUUGAACACACAUAUAGGGUCCCAAGGGUGCUUUUUCAAAAGGUAAUUGGGCUUCCUUUGUUUUUAUUUUGAAGACAUUUCUCUUCUCAUCCAAGAAGCUUCUUCAGUUCUUCGGAAGCAUUAGGGAUGAGAAGCGAAACGCCUUCAAGCAAACACAAAGAAAGUCCAAUUGCCUUUUGAAAAAGCAUCUAUAUGACAACCAUGACCUGGAUGAUUGAGAAUAUCCAUAGACACAUAGACAGCAUAAGAGGCACUGCUAGUGUCAUGGUAUCAUUGUGCAUGUUUCAUUAAUCUGAUGAAAACUCCAAAUAUAGUUGAUGCAUUAGGUCAACUAACUGAUUAUAUGGCAAUGCUUUCUAAGUAUCUUGCCAUACUAAAUGUGCAAAGCAAACAAGAUAUUUAAAAUCAAGAACAGGAAAAGGGAGAAAACAGCCAGUAGAAGCUAAUUAGCGGUGGAGACGAAAAUACUGAUAUUAUAUAAAUGUGACCUACCAUCAAAAACAGAAGAGUUUUCAGAGAAAUGUGGUGGGUUAUAAUUACCAUCAUCACAACCAUCAAAAAGGAAAAAGUUGGGAUUAUAUAAAUAUGUAUAUAUGAACUUAAUCACAAAUAUUGUGCCUGUGUUCCAGGACACUACAUUCUACACUUCAACUAUACUACAACUUAGCAUUUGAAUUUGCCCACAUCCUUAGGGAAAGCAAGAAUCGUUGAUGUAAAUAAGCAAAAGUAACCUAAGCAAAAUGCACAGUGUAGCUUUCUCCAAUGUCUCUCUCUUGUGUCAACAUAUUCUGUCCAUAAGAGCCACGGUGGCACAGUGGUUAGAAUGCAGAACUGCAGGCUACUUCUGCUGACUGCCAGCUGUCUGCAAUUUGGCAAUUUGAAUCUCACCAGGCUCAAGGUUGACUCAUCCUUCCAUCCUUCCAAGGUGGAUAAAAUGAGGACCCAGAUUGUUGGGGACAAUAUGUUGACUCUGUAAACUGCUUAGAGAGGGCUGUAAAGCACUGUGAAGCAGUAUAUAAGUAAGUGCUGUUGCUAGUGCUAUAUUAGCAUAGACUACAUUGCUCAUAUAUAAUGGUUCAUGUAAGAUGAGUGAGAUCCUAUAUGCAUACUUAACGCCUAGAGAUGUCUAGAUAUUCCCAAACUAUCAGCAUAUCGUGUUGUGCUAGCUCAGAAAGUAGGCAUCCACUUGAUCUUCUGCUAUGCCAUUUUAAUCCUGUUAUUUUGGAGGAUUGCACUUCUAAAAAAGCAAUACUGUGGUUUAUAUCGAGUUGAUAAGACAAAUUGAUAACCCAGGAACAAAAAUGGAUGAUCCCACUGAAAAUUAUUGGCCAUACGUUUUCAUCACAAUCCUCUCAAAAGUUCUCCUGCACCCCUGCUGGAGCUGUAUAAAAGCAAAGUAAAGAAUGCAAUAUGUAUUGAGAUUAUGAAGUAUUCUGUCUCUCUUGGUGUGUAUGUGUUGUUGUUUUUUUAAUAUUAGUUCUCUUGUACAAAUGCAAUUUUCAAUGCUUCUGGAAAUAGGAUUGGGAAAAAAAUCACUGUAAUCUUGUUAGGAUCAAACUUGCUAUCUUGUGCAAUUUAUAUAUGUAUUGUUGUUGUUGUUUUUGUAUCCCUAAAAUGCUGCCUUUUAUAGAGUGAACACUUUGGUAGUACAGCACAUAUAAUUGUGUUUUAAAGUCAAUUACAAAUAAACAAGCUUUUGAAG